CCUGUGCCGGGUGGGCGUGUCCCGUCCUGGUCAGCCUGUGCAGGGUGGGCGUGUCCCGUCCUGGUCAGCCUGUGCAGGGUGGGCGUGUCCCGUCCUCGUCAGCCUGUGCAGGGUGGGCGUGUCCCGUCCUGGUCAGGCUGGGCCUGGGUGGGCGUGUCCCGUCCUGGUCAGGCUGGGCCUGGGUGGGCGUGUCCCUGGCAGCCCCGCUGACGGGCCCCAACACUAGCAUCGAGUACUGGUUCCGGUGCAUGGACCUGGACGGGGACGGGGCGCUGUCCAUGUUCGAGCUGGAGUACUUCUACGAGGAGCAGUGCCGCAGGCUGGACAGCAUGGCCAUCGAGGCCCUGCCCUUCGAGGACUGCCUGUGCCAGAUGCUAGACCUGGUCAAGCCGCAGAGCGAAGGCAAGAUCACCCUGCGCGACCUCAAGCAGUGCAAGGUGGCCAACGUCUUCUUCGACACCUUCUUCAACAUCGAGAAGUACCUGGGCCACGAGCAGAAAGAGCAGGCCUCCCUGCUGCGGGAGAGCGACAGCGAGGGCCCCGAGCUGUCCGACUGGGAGAAGUACGCCGCGGAGGAGUACGACAUCCUGGUGGCCGAGGAGGCCGCGGGGGAGCCCUGGGACGACGGGUACGAGGGGGAGCUCAGCCCUGUGGACCAGAAGCUGAGCGCGCUGCGGUCCCCGCUGGCCCAGAGGCCCUUCUUCGAGGUGCCCACCCCGCUGGGCGACGUUGACCUGUACGAGUACGCGUGUGGCGACGACGACCUGCAGCCCUUGUGAGGCCCUCGCGGCCGUCCCCAGCGGCCGGGUUGGCUAACUGUCCUGUCGUGGACACCGAGUGCGUUUGUACGGAGUGAUGAUGUUUAUUUAUUCACCGCGGAGGUCGUCAAGGGUUAUUGACGGCGCACGCACGUCCCCACCGCCCGAGGGACUGACACUCGUCCAAGAACUCCAGGCCGCCGGCGCGGACGCUGGCCAGGGUCAGCCGCGGGGCGCCCGGGUGCGCACCCCGGACGGCGCCCCUCCCCGCGCCCUGACGCCGCCUGCGCGCUGAGCGCCCCUCCCCCAGCGUGUGGGUCGCGAACAUUCCGCGCGCACCGCGGGUGCGGUCACGCGCGCACACGGGCGUGCAAAGACGACUUCAUCUGCUGUGCAGCGCAGCUUACCAUGUGGUACGCGGCCACGUUUGUAUUUUUGAAUAAAGAGUUUAAGGAUUUUCAGCC